GAGGGUAUUUAUGGAAAUAUAUAGAAUGGGAAGGAGUAAUUAGGAGACUUCAAAGACCCUGUGAACUGGUUCGUAGUUUUAAGCUCGCUUUCUGUUGUCUUCCUCCUUGGAAGGCUCCCCCCAAAUCCUGUUCUCCAUCGGGACUAAGGGAUCUCAUCUUUGUCUCCUCUCGCCGACCUCCAUCGGAGCGAUGACGAACUCCUCCGCCGGUACGGUCGGUGGGACCGAGGAGGACGUCCUUCUCCACGGGGACCUCGUCCUUACCGUCAUCCAGGCCCGCCGCCUCCCCAACAUGGACAUGUUCUCCGAGCGCAUCCGCCGCUGCUUUGCCCCUUGCGCCACGCUGUGCACCAAAUCCGACUCUGUCGCCCCCCGCGACCAGCACCACCACCGCCGCAAGAUCAUCACCAGCGACCCCUACGUCACCGCCUCCCUCGCCGACGCCACCGUCGCCCGCACCCGCGUCAUCUCCAACUCCGAGGACCCCGUCUGGAAUGAGCAGUUCAAAAUCCCCCUCGCCCACCGCGCACCCGCUCUCGUGCUCCACGUCAAGGACGACGACGUCUUCGGCGCUGAGCACAUCGGCACCGUCUCUAUCUCCGCUGUCCACAUCGCGUCCGGCGAGAAAAUCCGAGAUUGGUUCCCCAUUCUCGGCCCCAAUGGAGAGCCUCCGAAGCCUGAUACCGCCCUUCAUCUCUCCAUCGAAUUCACCCCCGUUGCCAAGAAGCCAGAAUACCAGCACGGCAUCACCGGGGAUCCGAACAAGCUUGGGGUGAGGGAUACCUACUUCCCGCUCCGGCGGGGAGGGUCUGUCAAGCUCUACCAGGACGCUCAGGUGAGGAAGGACGAGCUCCCGGAGGUCAGGCUCGAGAGAGGCGCUGUGUUUAAGCACGAGAAUUGCUGGGAGGAUAUCUGUCAUGCGAUUCUUGAGGCGCAUCAUCUGAUUUAUCUGGUUGGCUGGUCGAUAUACCACGAGAUUAAGCUGGUGAGAGAGCCAACGCGGUCCCUGCCGAACGCAGGUAAGCUCACACUGGGAGAGCUGCUUAAGUACAAGUCGCAGGAGGGGGUGAGAGUGUGCAUGUUGGUGUGGGACGACAAGACCUCCCACGACAAAUUUUUUCUCAAGACGGGAGGUGUAAUGCAAACUCAUGAUGAGGAGACCCGGAAGUUCUUCAAGCAUUCCUCUGUUAUUUGUGUGUUAUCACCUCGUUAUGCCAGCAGUAAACUUAGCAUUUUCAAGCAGCAGGUGGUAGGGACCCUUUUUACACACCAUCAGAAAUGUGUAUUGGUCGAUACACAGGCUUCUGGAAAUGAGAGAAAGAUCACUGCUUUCAUAGGAGGCCUAGAUCUUUGUGAUGGCCGCUAUGAUACACCAGAACAUAGACUUUUUCGUGAUCUGGACACAGUAUUUUUGAAUGAUGUCCAUAAUCCUACAUUUUCUGCAGGAACUAACGGCCCAAGACAACCAUGGCAUGAUUUGCAUUGCAAAAUUGAAGGUCCUGCUGCUUAUGAUAUCCUGAAGAAUUUUGAGCAGCGCUGGCGGAAGGCUACAAAAUGGCGGGAAUUUAGUCUACGUUUUAGAAAAACAUCCCGAUGGCAAGAUGAUGCACUAAUAAAACUUGAACGAAUUUCAUGGAUACUUAGUCCUUCACCUUCUGUUCCAGAUGAUGAUCCAAGCCUAUGGGUUUCCCGGGAGGAAGAUUCUGAUCACUGGCAUGUUCAGGUCUUUAGAUCCAUAGACUCUGGAUCAGUAAAAGGAUUUCCCAGCAAUGUCCAAGAAGCUAUGAAUGUGAAUCUUGUUUGUCAAAAGAAUCUGGUUAUUGAUAAGAGCAUCCACACAGCAUAUGUAAAGGCAAUCAGAUCGGCCCAACAUUUCAUAUAUAUCGAAAAUCAGUAUUUUCUUGGUUCUUCAUUUGCUUGGCCAUCUUAUAAGAACCCAGGUGCCGAUAACCUGAUACCCAUGGAGUUAGCCCUGAAAGUUGCCAGCAAAAUUAGAGCGAAUGAGCGAUUUGCAGUUUAUGUGGUUAUGCCAAUGUGGCCUGAAGGAGAUCCAAAUUCGAAUGCCGUGCAAGAAAUUCUUUUUUGGCAGGGCCAAACAAUUCAGAUGAUGUACGAAAUCGUGGCACAGGAGCUUAAAUCCAUGAACCUUGAAAAUGCACAUCCACAAGACUACCUUAAUUUCUAUUGUCUUGGCAACCGUGAAGAAACACCAGCAGAUAAACUGCAGCAAGAUGAUCAAUUUCUGGAAAAAUCCCCAGCGACUUUGUCCCAAAAGUUCCGGCGGUUCAUGAUAUAUGUUCAUGCAAAAGGGAUGAUUGUAGAUGAUGAGUAUGUGAUAGUUGGUUCAGCCAAUAUUAACCAAAGAUCUUUGGCUGGUUCAAGAGAUACUGAGAUAGCCAUGGGAGCCUAUCAGCCUCAUCAUACAUGGACUAAGAACAGAAGACAUCCACACGGCCAGGUAUAUGGAUAUCGGAUGUCACUGUGGGCAGAGCAUAUGGGGAUGUUAGAUGACCGCUUCGAGGAGCCCAACAGCUUGGAGUGCGUAAAAUUCGUAAACAAGACGGCCGAGGAUAACUGGUCGAGAUAUACUGCUGACGAAAUGACGGCGCUCACAGGUCACCUACUAAGAUACCCUAUUCAGGUGGAAGCUGAUGGUAACGUGGGUCCCCUGCCCAACCAUGAGUGUUUUCCUGAUGUUGGUGGGAAGGUUUUAGGUGCCCCUAAUGCUCUUCCUGAUACACUAACCAUGUAACAUGUUUAAUUUGAUUGCGAUUGUUGGAAAGCGAUCCACAAUAAAGGUCCUUCUAAGGUUGUGGCAUUUGGAACUGUAUCCUUAUCAUUAUUUGAGUGGGUAAAGAAGGUUGAAAGGUUGCUUCUGUAUGUAUGCUUCUCUCAUCUCAAAUUUGUUCUUGACAUUAUUGAGUGGGUAUAGAAGGUUAAAGUGGGUGAAA